CAGCCCAAGGGGGGAAAAAACUACAAAAACAUGGCGUUCAACUUUGGCGGUGGUGCCACCAAUACCGCAACUCAAGGCUCCUCUGGAUUUUCAUUUGGUUCAUUUGCUGCCAAAACAACAGCCUCUUCUGGUUUUGGCUUUGGCACCACCACCACCGCUGCCUCAUCUGGAUUCGGUAGUCUCACCGCUCCGGGCUUUGGGGCCACCACCACAACCGCCUCCACCGGCUUUGGCUUUGGCUCUACAACUACAGGGUUCGGGGGGCUGGGAGCCGCCAGCACCACCGCUGGUGGGUUUAGUUUUGGGGGUUUCGGAUUAAAUGCGAACUCGGGAGCUGUCAACUUUAAUGUUGGCGGUUUUGGUCCAUCCACCACCGCAGCUACCGUUUUCAAUUUUGGCAAUAGCCUGGGUAGUGCAGGCACUUUCGGAGGCUUUGGGACAACCACUACCUCUGCUGCGCCUGGGUCUACUUUCAGUUUCGCUGCUCCCUCAAACACAGGGGGUCUGUUUGGCAACACCCAGAAUAAGGGGUUUGGCUUCUCCUCGGGGCUGGGGACGGGCACCACCGCAGGGACUGGUUUUGGCACCAGCCUCGGAAAUGCUCUCGGCUUCGGGGGCUUCAACAUUCAGCCUCAGCAACAGCAGGGAGGCUUGUUUGGGCAGCAGGCCCAGGCUCCGGCUCAGUCCAACCAGUUGAUCAACACGGCCAGCGCCCUGUCCGCGCCCACGCUGCUGGGGGACGAGCGCGACGCCAUCCUGGCCAAGUGGAACCAGCUGCAGGCCUUCUGGGGCACCGGCAAGGGCUACUUCAACAACAACAUAGCCCCGGUGGAGUUCACGCAGGAGAACCCCUUCUGCAGGUUCAAGGCGGUGGGCUACAGCUGCAUCCCGGGCAGUAAGGACGAGGACGGUCUGCUGGUCCUGGCUCUCAACAAGAAGGAGGAGGAAGUGCGCAGCCAGCAGCAGCAGCUGGUGGAAUCCCUGCACAAGGUGCUGGGGUCCAACCAGACCCUCACCGUCAACGUGGAGGGCGUCAAAGCGCUGCCCGACGACCAGACGGAGGUGAUCAUAUAUGUGGUGGAGCGCUCCCCCAACGGCACGUCCAAGAGGAUCCCGGCCACCACGCUCUUCAGCUACGUGGAGCAGGCCAACAUCAAGACCCACCUGCAGCAGCUGGGCGUGGUCAUGUCCGUCACCCGCACCGAGCUCACGCCUGCGCAGCUGAAGCAGCUGCUGCAGAACCCGCCUGCAGGUGUGGAUCCUAUCAUUUGGGAACAGGCGAAGGUUGAUAACCCCGAUCCUGAAAAGUUAAUUCCGGUGCCAAUGGUUGGGUUCAAAGAACUGCUUCGCAGACUCAAGAUCCAGGACCAGAUGACGAAACAGCAUCAGACUCGAGUUGACAUAAUCUCCAACGACAUAAGUGAAUUACAGAAGAACCAGGCUACAACCGUAGCGAAGAUUGCCCAGUACAAGAGGAAGCUGAUGGACCUGUCGCACAGAGUGCUACAGGUGCUGAUCAAGCAGGAGAUUCAGAGGAAGAGUGGCUACGCCAUCCAGGUGGACGAGGAGCACCUGCGGGUGCAGCUGGACACCAUUCAGUCGGAGCUGAACGCCCCCACGCAGUUUAAGGGCCGGCUGAACGAGCUCAUGUCUCAGAUCCGGAUGCAGAACCACUUUGGAGCGGUCCGCUCGGAGGAGCGCUACAGCGUGGACGCCGACCUGCUGCGCGAGAUAAAACAGCAUCUGAAGCAGCAGCAGGAGGGCCUGAGCCACCUGAUCAGCGUGAUCAAGGACGACGUGGAGGACAUCAAGCUGAUCGAGCACGGCCUUCACGACGGGGUCCACAUGAGGGGCGGCAUGCUCAGCUGACCGGGCUCCCUGCCACCCCGCUGCCGCCUGACGAUCAGGGUGACACUGACCCCACCCCACC